CUGAUCACCACAACAAAAACACGUGCUCAGGACGAAUUACGUUUGGGAAGAUGCUGUCUUAUCUCAGAUGUUAACAAGAUAACAUUGAAGAUGAGGUCUGUCUCCAGUACCUAAAGACAGCCUUGCGUGUGACAAUUUAAACAUCUUUCUGGUAUUAAUCAAGUGCUGAAACUAAUACAGAGAGAAAAAUGGCCGAUGAGGAGACAGACGGAGCUCACAUUCUAGUGAACGCUCUUGUCGAUCAGGGAGUAGAGUACAUGUUUGGGAUUGUUGGAAUUCCUGUUGUUGAAGUGGCAGUGGCAGCACAGCAAGCAGGAAUCAAGUACAUUGGAAUGCGCAACGAACAAGCAGCAUGUUACGCAGCACAAGCUAUUGGAUACUUAACUGGCCGUCCAGGAGUUUGUCUUGUGGUCUCAGGCCCUGGCCUUCUGCAUGCCAUAGGGGGGAUGGCCAAUGCCCAGAGUAAUGCCUGGCCGGUGCUGGUUGUUGGCGGCUCAAGCGACCAGGACCAAGAGGGCUGCGGUGCCUUCCAGGAGUGCCCACAGGUGGAAGCAUGUCGUCUUUACUGUAAAUACUCCGCCCGCCCCCCGAGGCUCGACACAAUCCCCUACCAUGUAGCUAAGGCCGUCAAAUCCACUACUUAUGGACGUCCAGGAGCUGCUUAUUUGGACUUCCCUGGAAAUCUGUUGAAUGAGAAGACAAGCGAGAGCUCAGUCCAGUCGUUUCCAAGGAACCCUGCACCACCAGUGUCAUUGGCAUGCCCGGAGAAAGUUUCAGAAGCAGUGGCACUCCUGGCAGGUGCCAAGAGGCCAUUGAUCGUUGUGGGAAAGGGAGCUGCCUAUGCGCGUGCCGAGGACCAAGUCGGAGCUCUUAUCGAGAAGACAGGACUGCCUUUCCUGCCCACACCUAUGGGUAAAGGGGUAGUGGCUGAUGACCAUCCCCAGUGCGUUGCAGCUGCUAGGUCUCGCGCUCUCUUAGAAGCUGACGUCAUUUUACUUCUCGGUGCGAGACUCAACUGGAUGCUGCAUUUUGGGCGCCCUCCCAGAUUCGCUCCUGGGGUGAAGUUCAUUCAUGUAGACUUGUGCCCAGAGGAAUUCCACAACAGCGUAACGGCAAGUGUAGCUCUCCUCGGAGAUUUGAAGCCUGUAUGUGUUCAGUUGCUCAAGGGGUUUUCGGGCCAGCUUAUCUCCCCUGACUCACCAUGGUGGGCCAGGUUGGAAGAAAAAGCACAAGCAAAUAUGCAGAUUAACAGAGUUAUGGCUGAAGAUAUAUCAGUCCCUCUGAACUACUAUGCCGUUUUUAGCCACCUCCAACAACUACUGCCGUCGGACUGCAUCAUCGUCAGCGAGGGAGCCAACACCAUGGACAUUGGUCGUACAUUUCUGCUGAAUAGGCUUCCACGCCACAGACUCGACGCAGGCACUUUCGGGACCAUGGGGGUGGGUCUGGGCUUUGCUAUCGCCGCAGCCCUCUACGCCAGAGACCACGCCCCAGGUCAGAGGGUCGUGUGCGUCGAGGGAGACUCGGCUUUUGGAUUCAGCGGCAUGGAGUUGGAGACCAUUUAUAGAUACAACCUCCCCAUCGUUGUCAUUAUUGUCAAUAAUAAUGGGAUCUAUGGAGGCCUAGACAAGGAACUGUUUCAGGACAUCCGCGAGGGAGUGGACGUCACCAUCGCAACGCCACCUACCUCACUGCUGCCAAGUGCGCGUUAUGAGCGCAUGGCUUCGAUCUUUAAUGAAUCAGGACACCUCUGCACCACUAUCCCCGAGAUGGAGUCUGCUGUCAAGCUGUCUCUUGCUGAAACCCAAAAGCCAUCGCUGAUUAAUGUGCUGAUCAACCCCAUGGCACAGCGAAAGGCUCAGGAUUUUGAUUGGCUCACUCGGUCAAAGAUGUGAGCAAAAGGGCAUGAACCGCAUUCAUGUUGGCAAAUGUAUAAAAGGUAUAAAUGAGAAUGAAUAUCUUCACAAUAGAAGAGAUGCAUUUUUCCCAUCUUUUUUUUCUCUAUUUUUUAAGCACAGAUGUGAAGUAUAGUAAUUCCACAAGAUAUACAAUGUGACACUUUAAUUCUUCAUCUUCACCAGAAUUUAGGUCAAUAAUGUGAUGUAAAUCACAUAUUUCACAUUCUAGAAUUAUGCAUUCUCAUUCAUACUUCUUUUCCAGAAAAGGGAAAGAAUGAAUAACUGACAUUACAGUAUUAUCAAAAUAGUAAUUAUCAUCAGAGUUACAUGGAAAAUAUAAGUUACAUACCAUGCACUGUAGCAUUAUUAAUUUUCAUACAUAUUUGUCUUCAGUGUUUAUUUUUUCUUUCUUUUUCUACAGACAUAGAGAUUCUAUUGAUAGUGUAAAAUGUGCUUCAGUGUAUUAGCUGCAGUGUAAGAAGUUUCUAUAUAUGGUUGUAUAGUCUUAUGAAUUAUUAUUUUCAGAUUUUAUUGUUGAUAUUAAAAAUGAACUGAAGA